GGCUAUCUGCAAGGCUCUUUAUCGCCAGAGCGCCAAACCUCUCUUCCCGGGACCAAUUCCACCCUACGAACCCUCAAUUGCGGCUAGGAGUUCCCCCAAAAGACAAAAAUGUUUGCCAGAUCAGCCUUCCGUGCGGCCCAGCCGCUGAAAAUGCAUGCGCGCCGCUAUGCCACCGAAUCUGGCGCAGCGGGCAGCUCCAAUGCUCUCCUCUACGGCGCUGGCGCAGUCGGCGUCCUCGGUGCUGGAUACUACUUCCUCAGCGGCUCUUCCUCAGCCAGCAAGGCCGAGGACAAGGUCAAGGAAGCCAUUGGCGUCGCUCCCAAGGCGGCUCUUACUGGCGGCGACCAGGGCUGGGUGUCCCUCAAGCUCUCGGAGGCGGAGGAUGUGAACCACAACACCAAGAGACUCCGAUUCGAGCUCCCCGAGAAGGACCAGGUCUCUGGCGUGCACAUUGCCAGCGCCAUCCUUACCAAGUUCAAGGGCCCCAACGAUGAGAAGGCCACUCUUCGCCCUUACACCCCCAUCAGUGACGAAGACGAGAGGGGCUUCCUUGACCUCCUGGUGAAGAAGUAUCCCAACGGCCCCAUGAGCACCCACAUCCACGAUCUCAAGGUCGGCGACUCCCUUGCCAUCAAGGGACCUCUUCCCAAGUACCCCUGGUCCGAGAACAAGCACGACCACAUCGCCCUCAUCGCCGGUGGCACUGGCAUCACCCCCAUGUACCAGCUCGUCCGCGCCAUCUUCAAGAACCCCAACGAUAAGACCAAGGUCACGCUCGUCUUCGGAAACGUCACCAAGGAAGAUAUCCUGCUGAAGAGCAAGUUCGACGAGCUCGAGAACACAUACCCCCAGCGCUUCCGCGCAUUCUACGUCCUGGACAAGCCUCCCAAGGACUGGGUUGGCGGCGGCGGCUUCAUCAACAAGGAGCUGCUGAAGCAGGUCCUCCCUGAGCCCAAGAGCGACAACAUUAAGCUCUUCGUUUGCGGCCCCCCCGGACUCAUGAAGGCUAUUUCCGGCCCCAAGGUCAGCCCCAAGGAACAGGGUGACGUUACUGGAAUUCUGAAGGAGCUUGGCUACACCAAUGAGCAGGUGUACAAGUUCUAAACGAUUUAAUGGAUUUGGCGAAUAUAGAGCCUAGAGAAAGACUUUGUAUGAUACAUUGAAAGAAGGCAUAGAUUAGUUUGCCAUUGGUAGAAAAUAGAGUCUCGGAAGCAAAGAAACUGGCAUAUGUAAACUAUAUAGUUGGCGCCUAAAUGAAGUCAGACUCGAAUCCUUAU